AGAGGAAGUAAGGUCAUCGAGUGCAUUAUGUUUAUUGAGUCGGAAGUCUGAGUUACGUGGUGGUAUCACAAAAGUUUCGAGACUUGCUCUGUGUACAAGAAAGUUUAUUUAUCUUCAUUUACACACUAUUACCUUCAAAAUAGUCCCCUUGCAUAGCAAUACAGCAUUCCUGCCACUUCUGGAAUGUGUCCUGUAAGUCUUCUUUUCAGGGGUGUCAAGCACUUUCUGCGAUUUGCUCUGGUCUCCAUAAUGGGAUUAAAACGGCGACCUUUGAGGUGGAUCUUCAUCUUCGGGAAGAGGGUGAAGUCCUCAGGAGCCACAUCUAGCAAGUAGGGUGGGUGCGUUGGUGACAUCAUGUGGAUUGUUCUCCGACAAUCAUCAUGCACAAGUUGCUGAAUGGUUUUGACAUUUUCGGGUAUUGAGCUUGAUGAAGGUCUUACUGAUCUCUUGUUGUUUUCCAAUGAUGUUCUUCCGCUUCUAAGGCUUUUGCGCCACUCAAAACACCUUGAACGGCUCAUUGCAACGUAUGUCAUGGUAAAAACAUCUCUGCGGAAGAUUUGCCCUGUUUCUUUUGCAGACGUGGUACUGUAAAAUACAGACGUGGUCAGAAUCACACCAGUUAGCACCAUUAGUCUCGAAACUUUUUGAUACAAUAUCGUAUUAUGGGGAAAGUUUAGUGGUUGCAUGGCCUGACUGUGUGCUCCUACAGGACAGCACAGGGAUGAAGAUGUGGAAGAAGAGGUGGUUUGUGUUGUCUGACAUGUGCCUCUUCUAUUAUAAAGGUGAGGAUUUUAUCAGUUUAUUUUUAGCUGAAUGACCAAGCAAUAUGGAAACGUUUCGUUUUUUAUGCUUAAGAUCAACACAGAGCCACAAUUUCAUGCUAUGAGUCACAAAGCCACAUGUAAGUACAGAAUUGAGUUAUUAUUGUAAUUAGUUAUAAUAUUGUAAAGUGACCAGCCCAAUGAUUUUUGUAGGCAUUCGUGUAGAAUGCAUGGUGCAACAAUGUUUUAGUUCCUACCUACAAUUAGUUUACAUUUCAGCCACUAGCCUUCAUCAUCGGCUGGAUGGAGAGUACACAUGACUAACAGACAAAUAAGAAGUGAGACGAGCGUCUUAUCACUCGCUGAUGAACUCAAGACCCCUCUUUGUUCACCAAAGACCAAAUGAUCACUACAGCUUCAACAAGCAGUGAAAAAAAAUCAUGGGCUUUCUGAGAUCUUAAAGAUGUAAGAGAAGGUUGUGUAUGCUGUUUUUGGAUGCACAUCAGAUAAUUAUCAGUGGUACCAAAAUAAAAAUCGGUGUAAUUAGUGUUGCAGCAUGCCAGCUGGAGAGAACAGGACACUUACACUGCCAUAAACAAAAAACCUAUUCGGAUAUCACAAGUGUUUCCACCUGGCACUGUUGGAUCCACCCACUGAAUUUCUGACUUCACAGUGCUAUGAAAAGGAAGAAGGAAUCCUCGGGAGCAUCCUUUUACCAAGCUUCCAUAUUUCUCUGUUAUCCGUCGAUGACCACAUAAGCAAGAAAUAUGCCUUCAAGGCCACACACCCCAACAUGCGGACGUACUACUUUUGCACUGACACAGCCAAAGAAAUGGAGUCUUGGAUGAAAGUGAUGACCGAUGCAACACUUGUUCACACUGAGCCAACUAAAAGACUGGAAAAAGUAGAUCCACGCAGCCCCCUGGAGAUGAACAACAUGCUAAAUCACUGGGUCCUGACUCAACCCGAGAUCCAAAAUAAUGAGCGGAACCGCGAGAGCCUUUACCACGAGGACAAAAAGCAGAAACACCUGGAGAAACAGCCUCGGAUCCACAGAGAGAAGGAAAGAUGUACCGUUCACAAAGACUCUGAGAAAUACCAUGUUUCGAAAGAAGGUGAAAAGUAUGCGCUAGAGAAAGAUGGACAGAAGUAUCCUGUUCCGAAGAGUGGCUAUAGAUACAUGCUACAGAAAGAUGUGGAAAUGUUGGGUGUACAGAUUGAUGGAGAAAAGUACACUUCUACUUUGCAGAAGGAAAGUAAACGCCACACCCUCCAGAGAGAAGAAGAAAUAAAUCUGCUGCAGAAAGAAAUGCAGAGAUACACUCUGCACAAAGACGGCGACAAGCACGCGCUUCCUAAGGACAACGAGACACACAGUGUACACAAAGACAGCGAGAAAUAUCUCCAGAAAGAUGGAGGACGACCUACACAGAAGGCCACAGUACAGAAAGAGCCAGAGAGGUCCAGGCUGCAAAGAGAAGAGGAAAAGUACGGCAUGCAGAAGGACGGGAAUGCAGAGCAGCCACUCGGCCAGCUCGACAGCAGCCAGCUGCAGCCUGCGCAGGCCGCCACGGUCAUCCCGACCCUGUCCUCCUCAUGGCAGCUGAAAAACAGAGGAGGUUCUACUCAGUAUAAAGCUGCACAAGUGAAUGGUUCUGGAGAGCAGAGUCCAGAAGAAAUGAGUAACACCAUUUCACAAAGGACUGCAGUACAGCCCCAGCAGGCUGCAGAACCAGAGAGGAGCUUAAGCAGGUCUAAUUCUAUUCAGUUGGAGCAGCAUUUCAGGACGCACCGCACCAGGGUUCAGGACGAUGAAACUAAAAGCAUCACUUCCUAUCAGACUUUGCCCAGGAACAUGCCUAGUCAUCGGACACAGGUGGUGCCACGCUAUCCCGAGGGCUACCGCACGCUUCCACGCAACAUGCUGAGGCCGGACAGCAUCUGUAGCGUUGCAGGGUCAGUGUACGACUGUGCGUUGCAGCCCGUGGCAGCAGAGAAGAGGCGCUCUAUGCGAGAUGACACUUUGUGGCAGCUGUACGAGUGGCAGCAGAGGCAGGCUUACAGCCGGAUGGGCUACAGCACACUGCCCAGCCCCAAGACUCUCAGCCACAUUGCAGAGUCCAUCCCUUCCUCACCCUCACACGGCUCUUUGGGGCUGUAUCACUCUGCCUCCCCCAACCGGGCCUACAACCCCAGCACGUGUUCAGAAGUUUCCUCACCCGUGUUCCGUGGAGAUGUCAGCAUCGACCGGCGCUACAGAGCACACCUUGCAAAGUAUGCGUACCCACCUGACUGCAGGGGGCCAGCAGCUCAGAGCAUCACGCCGCAGUCACUGCAGGGUAAAACGCCAGAAGAGCUGACCCUGCUGCUUAUCAAGCUGCGACGGCAGCAGGCCGAGCUCAACAGCAUCCGAGAACAGACUCUCGCUCAGCUAAUGCAGCUAAACAUUGAUGCCUCCAACCCGAAGAAUAAGGUGCUCUCUCAUCACCUGCAGAGGAACCUUAUGUAUCUGGACAGCCAGAUGAAGCAGAAUGAGCCUAUAAUCUUCAUGAUUCACACUAUGAUUGAGAGCUCGGCACCGAGGCCUCAACUAUACCAGCAAAUGAGUCCUGAGGCAUACAGCGACAGCAUCUAUGGCUACAGAUCUGAAGAACUGGAUGUUGAUGCUAAGUUAAGCAGGUUGUGUGAACAAGGCAAAGUGGUGCGGACCCAAGAGGAGAAGCUUCAGCAACUCCACAGAGAGAAGCACACCCUAGAAACAGCACUUUUAUCUGCAAGUCAGGAGCUUGAGAUGAGCGCAGACAAUCCAGCAGCUGUGCAGAGUCUCAUACAGCAGAGGGAUGUGCUGCAAAGCGGCCUUCUAAGCUCCUGCAGAGAACUAUCCCGAGUCAGCACUGAGCUGGACAGAAGUUGGAAGGAAUAUGAUAAACUGGAGAAUGCUGUGACUUUAGCUAAGAGGAACCUGCUCGAUCAGCUGGAGGCCCUUGGCAGUCCUCAGACAGAACCCCCUAGUCAGCAGCAUGUGCAGAUUCAGAAGGAGCUGUGGAGGAUCCAGGACGUGAUGGAUGCACUGAACAAAAAUAAGCCAAAGAGAAGCACUGAGCCAAGCUUUCCACUCUCCGGUCUUCAGAAAAAGGAGGAGUCCGAUUCAGUGCCCCCACGCCCUCCACUUCCCCACAUUUAUGAGGGCAGAGGGCGCUUGUGUGCGACCCACCUGCCCGGCCCCAGCCACACUCAGCUUCACCCACCUCGCCCAGGCCCUCAUCAACCCGAAGACCGCAAAGCUGCCCAGCGCAAUGGCGGUCACAGUGGUCCAGACUACAGACUGUAUAAGAGUGAGCCAGAGCUGACAACAGUGGCUGAAGUAGAUGAGAGCAAUGGCGAGGAGAAAUCUGAACAGACUGCUGAGAAAGAGCCCUCUAGCUCUAAAGUGUCCUAUCCAGUGGGAGUAGUGAGCCCAAGGACAAAGUCGCCUAUGCCAGUGUCCUCCACUAUUGCAUCAUAUGUGACUUUGAGGAAGGCCAAGAAACCUGAACCAAAAACAAACUGUCCAAAUAGUACAGCAGAGCACAUGAGCAGUGGCGUAGAGGGAGUGCGUCAUCGCAUGAGCGUCGAGGAGCAAAUGGAGCGGAUUCGGCGGCACCAGCAGGGUGCGCUGCGAGAGAGAAGGAGGGAAGAUGGUUCUCUGUCCCGCAGUCUUUCCUUCACCAAAGACACCCCUCAUUACUACACCCUGCAGAUGAGCACAAAAAGAAGGGAGCUGUCAGUUGGAGACUCAAAUCAGAUCAAAGCCACUUUGUUCAAAGAGAAGUGGCCAGUGGAGCAGGAGCAGGGGGAUCGGCUGUCAGAGUCAGUGUUCGGUGAAAAGGUCUCUGAAUCCAGCAGAAGCCUAGAGAAGCGUAAACCCCUGGGCACUGAGGACAGUGUACAGACUGCAGUAAUGGUACGAGUCGGCACCGAGGAAAAUGAUGAUGAUGAAUCUCUCUCUGUACAAAGUCAUGAUCACAUAAUCAAGGAGUCCUACAACCUGACGUCCUCCAAACACAGCACCACGGUUUCAGUGAACAGCCUUUCCAGUUCGCCUCAGUCUCCAAGCUCCUCUCCUCUUCCUUCCUCCCCUCCUCACCUCCCUGACGGUUCCCACUUCAUGUGUGUGUAGGGGAGAGAAAAAAAAGCGGCUUCAGCUACAUCCCUAAACGCUGACACAUAAAGGUGGUCCUGAAGGAGAACCAAAAACGCAGCCUUGUAGAGCAGCGAGAGGCCACACCGACAACCCAGUCGCCGAUCAUGCCAUCGCUCUAUUUAACCAACUGCCACAGAAGAAUUAGACAAACAGGUUACCUUAGAGUUAUUAAUGUUAUUAUUUAUGAUAUUUUCAUGUUUUAUUGUGUUUAUGAUGAUCGCAAGGUUUAUUCUGUGUUCGAAUAGGCAUUUUUUUAAUAAAAGGAUAAACGCAGUGCUGUGAGGAAGGUCUACUGAUUUACAGAUUUAUUAUUCAGAGCAGCCACGUUCACUUCAGUGGGGGAAAGUGGGUUAGAGCACCAUCCUCUCACAUACACACUCACAGGCUCGUUACUUCAGAUAGCCAGGAGUUAUGCACAGGAUCUGCUAUAAUUGUUUUUUUUUUGUUUUGUUUUUUUAAAGUCUGACUCUUUUACCGUUUACCGUGAGAACACAGUUUUAGCAUUCAUAUCUUUUGCACUGUAUAACACCUCACAACUUUUUUAAAAAACGUAGUAACAUGUGGAUAUUAUCUGUACAGAACGCGUUCAGUGUGAAUGAGCUCAUUAAAAGCACUGCUGUACCACUGCAGAUGAAGAUUCCACAAUUUUAGCUUUGUAAAGAAAGUUUAGUCUGUGAUUUCCCCAACAGAACAUUCAUGAACAUUCAUUUUAUAUUUCUAUGGCUGAGAUAUAUUUAACUAAAGUAUUAAAGAGAGUAUUAAACAAACAGAUUUGGUUUAGUGUGGUCUCUGUCCAUGUCGGGGUCCAGAUCUAGAGAAGUAUAGCACAUGUAAAGCAAUAACCAGGGUUUCGGUGUUAACUUUAUUGUAGAAGAUGUAAAGAUCAUAUUGUAUAUAAUGUACACCGUACGAUAAAAUUAUAAAAGCUUAUCUAAGGAGUCAAUAUGCAAAUCUCAUCUGUUUUAUAUCAUGUGAAAUAAAUGUUGUUAUAAAAGA